AUGCGGAAGAAUGCGUGCGAGAUUGUGUUCCAGGGACAAUGUCCAAGUUUGCUUGCAGCCGAUCGCGAUGGCCUCUGUGUCUACGAUGCUGGGCAGGACAAGAUCUUCCACGUGAGCAUCGGCGCAUGGGAGGUUGACCAUGUCUUGGGCACAGGCACCAGGGCCUUCAGUCCUGAGGGGUUGCCACCACUAUCUACGAACCUGAGCAUUGUGAUAAGCAUGGCACUUGGUCGUGACAGAGAACUGGCUUUCGUGUGUUCUGGCGACGACACCGUUCGCAAGUACAAACUGCCUGCAAGUUUGCGACCACUUGCACCUUCCUGCCAGUCAUCCACAGGACCAAUGUCAGCCACAGAUGACGUACAGGAUGCACUUGUCCCACUUCAAAAAGAUGGUUUUCAGCCUUCGUGUGGUUUCAACUUUGUCCCCUUCUCCGGACAACCUGCGCAGAUUUUCCUAUCAGAACGAUUACCACACGAUCGAAACAACAUGUGCAUCAAAUGGUCUAUGUUGGCUCCACCGGGUGGACUUGGCAUAUGCUUAGUUGCAGACCCCUUCGGAAGUUCCCAUCGCAGAUUGGUGGAUUGUCAUAUCUUAAGCCCUCCUGAGUGGAGCGCAGAGACAUACAUCACCACAACCUCAAAGAUGAGGCAGCAAGUAGAUGAGCCCAAGCAAAGGCAGAACCAGCCUUUUCGAAAUGCUUGGGAGACAUGUUUGGGCAAAUUUCGCGAUUUUGUGAUGGCCUUCAAUGAGAAAGAACCCGCAAAGGAAGAUUUCUUGGGGAAACCGUUCUACUUCCAACAUGAAAACCGCUUUGAGGCAAUUGUGGAGAAGAUCUACAAUGAGGAGGCAGACUGCAUCAAGUGGCAGCUCAUUGAGUUAAGAAUCAACGGAAAGAAGCGCGCCGAAGCCUUGGAGCCCAUCACUGUGGGUGUUGAUGUGCCAAUAAUGCUCUGUGUGUUUGAGGGCACAACAGGGGCUCUUUUGGAGUGCACGGAAGCUCCCAAAGUUAUUGUAGAUAGCUCCUACAUUGACAGAUAG